AUGUUGGGUGAAGGCUUUCUGAGAGUCCUGAACUACAGAGACGACGAUACAACUGUUGACAAAAAGUCCAAAUCGAACCGGACAGAAGAAGUUGGUUUGGACAAGAGCCGCAGCGGACGGAACAUUACAACACAACUCAAUGAUCAGUCAUCAACCGGUCUUCAAAGAGUGGCCCCUGUCCCCAACCAAUCCCCCUCGGGUCUGCUCAUCCCGGGACGUCCCAUGAACCUCAGCCCGGACCCUCUUCUGGUCGACUGCAGUCUUUUGGUGCACUAUCCUGACCUCCAAGUGGCCGAUUCAGGACCGAUACCAGCAGCCCACUCCAACAGCCCUCUUCCUCUCAUAUCUCCCCCCAUCACUGUCCCGGUUCAGUCAGUCCCUCCCAACUCCGAUCCUGAGCAGGGGUAUUUGGCGAUGGGGAGCAGCGUGAAUAUAAGCCUGGACGUCCCAGAGCUCAGGACUAACUCAGUACUCAAUGGGAUAUUGGAGAAGAAGCUGGAGGAAGUCUACCUGCAGCAUCUGACAGAAAACUUAGCAAGAUGUCAUUCGAAUUUUGGAAAUAGCCUUUUGCAUGGUCUCGUCCCUCCUCCGCAGCCGAACAGCCAGGGUCUUGAAGACAGUGUGGAGGAGUUAUGGCUGCAGGUCAGAAUGGUCUUUUCACUGUUUUUUACCUGUUUGCUUGUGGGCUGCUCCGGCCUGACCCCUCCCGUUGACCUCUCUGAGCCCCAGAUCGUGCACUCUCCUCCGGGACACAACAGCAGCAAUGAGGGCGUCCCGUUUGUGGAUGUCCCGCUGGCUCUGGGGAUGUUCAGUGUGGACUUCCACCAUGUGCAGGCACCAUUUGAGAUUGUGCUGUGGAUUAUGCUUGCGUCACUGGCCAAACUGGGUUUCCAUUGGUCGGGUCGGGUCCCAGCUGUGGUCCCUGAGAGCUGCCUCCUGAUCAUGGUGGGGUUGCUAGUGGGCGGAGUCAUCUAUGGUGUCCGUCAUUCAGCUCCGCCCACUUUGAGCGCAGAUGCCUUCUUCCUGUUCCUGCUGCCCCCCAUCGUGCUGGACGCGGGGUACUUUCUGCCGGGCAGACUCUUCUUUGAAAACCUGGGUACCAUCCUCUGGUAUGCAGUGUUGGGCACCCUGUGGAACGUCCUGGGCAUCGGCCUUUCUCUGUACGGAGUGUGCCUGCUCUGCCCCUCUUCUCUGGGGGACGUGUCGCUGCUUCACUGCCUGCUGUUUGGCUCUCUGAUAGCAGCAGUCGACCCCGUGGCUGUCCUCUCUGUGUUCCAGGAGAUGCAUGUGAACGAACAGCUCCACAUCCUGGUGUUUGGGGAAUCUCUGCUCAACGACGCUGUGACUGUGGUGCUGUACCAGUUGUUUGAGUCGUUCCUACGCCUGCCCUCUGUCUCUGGGCUGGACGUCCUGCUUGGGGGCUGCAGGGUGCUGCUGGUGGGCUUUGGAGGCCUGUUUGUGGGGCUGUUCUUUGGGCUGGUGGCUGCGCUCACCUCCAGGUUUACCUCCAGAGUCCCGGUCAUCGCUCCUCUCUUUGUCUUCCUCUACUCGUACCUGUCCUACCUGACCUCCGAGAUGCUCCACCUCUCUGGCAUCACAGCAAUCGUAACCUGUGCCGUCACGAUGAAGCAGUACGUCGAGGCAAACGUGUCGGAGCGGUGUAACAGCAGUAUUCAGUACUUCCUGAAGAUGUGGAGCAGCGUGAGUGAGACGCUGAUCUUCAUCUUCCUGGGAGUGUCCACCAUCCAGGACGUCCACAUGUGGAGCUGGACCUUUGUGUGCGCCACGCUGCUGCUCUGCCUGCUCUGGAGGGCCUCUGGAGUGCUGCUGCUCACGGCUGUGGUGAACAAAGUCAGAAGGAACAAGGUGACUUUUAGAGACCAGUUUAUCAUCGCCUACGGUGGCCUCAGAGGAGCAAUCUGCUUCUCUCUGGUCUUUCUCAUCGAUGACUUUCCCAAAAAGAGACUCUUCAUCACUACAACCAUCAUCGUCAUCCUCUUCACUGUCUUUGUCCAGGGUAUGACCAUUAAGCCUCUCGUCGAAUUAUUGGACGUGAAGAGGAAGAAGAGAGCGCUGCCCACCGUCAGCGAGGAGAUACACAGUCGACUCAUUGAUCACCUUCUGGCCGGGAUCGAGGACGUUGUGGGAUACUGGGGUCAGCACUACUGGAAAGACAAGUUUGAACAGUUCAACAGAAAGUUCCUGCGGCGCUUUUUGAUUCGAGAGGAGCAGCAGAACCGCUCCAGCAUCCUCAGAGUUUAUCAGGAGCUGGAGAGGAGAGAUCAGGGCGCCAACAGGGAGACGGCAAUACAGGCUAGAACAGUUCCUCAAACCAGCAGUCGCCCUCUUCUUCCAGAAGAGAUGGACAGCAUCAGGAGAAUCCUCUCUCGAAACUUACAUAACUUCAACAGCAGGAUGCCCGCCUACAGCCGCCACACCCUGCACCAGGACAGGACCCUCCAGAGACACCAGAGUUUGGGAAAGAGGGACACGCAGAUGGAGGAAGCGGAAUUCAAUGGACUCCAAAACUUGAGAAGAGGACUCCGCAGAUCCCACACUGUUUGUGCCAUAACUCCACGACCUGCUUCGCAAGACUCCAUUCCCGAAGAAAACGUUUCACCCAAACUCGAACCGAAAAAACACCUCAGUUUUGACAUAGAACGUUUGUAA